ACUUCUCACAUCUUUCAAGUGUUGGUUACAUGAGCCGUGUCUUCUGGCGUCUUAUCUGGUUCCUCGUGGAGCCAGUUGUGUUCUGCGAGGCUAAGAGUGUACUGUGUUAAAUUAGUUUAAAAGUAAUGUCAGUAGGGGAACCACAGAACCGUAGUCUCAUCUAUGAAGGCUCGAAGCUCGUACAUUACAUCCCUGCCAAACGUACAAGCUCAAGACGGUCUAAAAUAGCAUUUAAUGCACCAAAGAUCAUCUUGAGAUAUCACACAGGAGCAGUAGUGUCUUGUGAAUGGUGAUAAAUCCACGGGGUGAGAGAGAGUGGCGGGGCAGGAAGCGUGCGUCCCAACAUUGCUCUAAUUGGGUAAGAAGGCUGUUAAGAUGAGGCUUCUUCGAGCACUGAAUUUGUUCAGUAAUGUCAGGUGUAAAGACGCAAACCGUUUAACAAGGUCAUUACAGCCGAGUUCUUGCAGUCAGUAAUCCGCAUUUAGACGUUUGUAAUGCGCUUAAUUAACCGACUCCUCGGCUAAUGCGUAUCUUACAAGAAAUAAGGCUAUAUGACCAAAUUCUUCCUUUUGGCUGUGGUAUUCUGUAUGGCAACAGCCUCGCUGAUGCCAACGCGCCCCAGGUUUUGACAUUUUCUUCCGUCACUAGGAUCUUCUUGGGGGAUAAUUGCAUAUUAUUGCAACAUCGGCACUAGGGUGGAGGGCUGAGGUUGCUACGAGUCCACUGGUGACCCCCCCAAAUUGCAGUGGGAAGUUGAUGUAGGAGAGUAGAGGGAGGAGUUGAGAGGCGUGGCGGCGUGUGGCAAGGAGCGGCCAGGCCCGGUGCUAAGCUUGUCUUCGUCUAUUUCUUCACAAAUAGUGCAAGUCUCUGCAAUAUCAAUUAUAAAACUGCAACGCGGCCCACUAUGACGGCCCCGCGUGUAAUUGUCCAACGUGUCUUUUGGACCUAUUUAUAGAGGGCGAAGAAAAUGGGGUUGUGGAGGAGGCGGUGGUGUGUUUGUGCGGGCCGGCGCCCAGUCCUUCACCGCAGCAUCGCCCCGCGCGUACGGAAGAGCGAGAGGGGCAGAACCUGCGGGCCCCGCGGUAGUUAGUUGAGUCGUUAGCUCACCCUUGUCACCAAUCGGGCGGUCGUGCCCCACCCUACGCCUCGCCUCCCGCAACGCCUCCGCCAGUACUCUCUACCUGCCGCAGGAAGGCAUCUACUCUACCUUCAUACACUCUACCCCCGCGGCGCCAGGAGUGCUAAGGGCAGUCUACGCAGUCUCUCUCUCCAACGAGCCCGUAACCAUGGUGGUUGAUCAUUCACCUUGCAGGAUAAGGCAAUUACCGUUGACCUGAAAGUGACGUCACGGCGUGUGGUGGAUUGACCUCUUAGAUAAUCCCAGUGUCAGAAAAGUCAAUUCUCCAAGUGUUUCCCCUGUUUUAUCGGUCUUAAAUGUGUGUGUCUCAUGUGCUCGCCAAGAAGUAAAUAUAUCUAUAGAUAAUACAACCGGUUCGGAAAUAGGAAAAAUAUCAUAUUGAGUCAUUGGUGUUAUGGUGUAGUAGUAGUAUGGAAAAUCAGUGCAAGACGGAAGACGUGUUGAGGAGCGCACUACCUCUGCUCGGCGGCCGUCUUGCGAGAAGUGCCGUCUAGGGCGGACAUGCAGGAGAAGAAAAUCUCUCCCCCUCCUUCAGGCAUGCCCUUGGGACUCGGGUCGGCGUUCGCGGCCCUGCCUCCGCCUCCGUCCCUACCUGUCGACCAGAGGACACACGAGGGACGAUACCUGUGGGACCCCGCGCGCCUGCACGCCCUCCACGCCCCGCACCCAGGGGGGGUGUUUGAUUUUGCCGAAUAUCACAAAAACGGUCUUACGAAUUCUCUUCAAAAUUGGCUGGGUGUGAGUGGGGGUAACCCAGGCCUCGACCUGCCGCCCCUAGUGGGUGGCAGAUUGGGCGGUCCGCCCCUGGGAACCUCCCCAGGGGACCUACCGGGCCCCCCACAUCCCCCCUAUCGCAUCCCGCCCUACAUGGAGCAUCUCUACCAGACUCUCCACACCUCUCCCCAAGCCUCUCUGAGAGGCCUUUCUCCGUUAGAAGGACGCGCACCUCAAUAACGACCACAUCCACGCCAACAAGAAGUCGUUCGUGUGCCGGUGGAAGGACUGUUCGCGCGAGGAGAAACCCUUCAAGGCGCAGUACAUGUUGGUGGUCCACAUGCGGCGUCACACCGGAGAGAAGCCUCACAAGUGUACGUUCGAGGGCUGCUACAAGGCGUACUCUCGUCUGGAGAACCUCAAGACCCACCUACGGUCUCACACAGGGGAGAAGCCCUACAUGUGUGAGUUCCCAGGGUGCACCAAGGCCUUCUCCAACGCCUCUGACCGCGCCAAGCACCAGAAUCGAACACACUCCAACGAGAAACCAUACGUCUGCAAGGCACCUGGCUGUACCAAGCGAUAUACAGAUCCCUCCUCACUACGUAAGCAUGUCAAAACCGUCCAUGGAGCUGACUUCUAUGCCUCCAAGAAGCAUAAAGGAAAUGACCACCCAACUACUAACCCAGGUGGAGGAGGGAAGGACGGAGGAGCAGCACACCCUGAGGGCUCUCCACACUCCGACGGAGGCAAAGGUGGUUCCCUCUCCAGCCCUUCCGUCAAAUCUGAGGACCCAACAUCCCCAGGACAGGAACACAGCCCUAACAUGGACACAGUAGUGGGCGGCACAACCCCUAUGGACCAGAGUCGUCUGCUAGAUGGUCCCAUUAGUGACAAUAACAUCACUACCACCGGUGGAUAUGAAAAUAUUUUAGAGCAAGAAGAAGUUUGGGAUGCUGUAGAGGAUGACUUGGAUGCUAGUGUCGACCUACCAGUGGGGGUUGCAGCUCUUAAUGGUUUAGAAGGUUCAAUAAGUGGUCAAAUCAAUCUACAAGAACGUAACUUACGAAAUAGAUUGAAGAAUCGCCUGCAAGCUAAGGGUCUCUCGAAUAUCUUGCCUAACAUCCCAAUUGGCCCACGACGCAGUACAAGUAGUGGUGUAGGGGAACUGUCACAACGCAUUACAGAUCUUAAAAUGAAUGGAGGUAUGACAACUUCUCAGCAGGCCCGCAAAAAUCUCCUUGAUCUACACUUCCGACCAGGACAGACUAUGCUGCAAAGCAAUAGAAGGGAUUCUAACUCUACAGUGAGCACCUACUAUGGCAGUAUGAGAAGUGAUUCUUCACUGCAUCCCAACAGUCGGAGAUCCAGUGAAGUUUCACAAGUUUCGGCAGCCUCCAUGAGUCGGCAGAAUAUGGUGCCAUCGCCCUAUGACCCAAUUUCCUUAGGGUCCUCUCGUCGUUCCUCAGAAAACUCUAACUUCAACAUGGCAGGGAUCGCACAAUCAAUGAGCUCUCACCUGGCAAAACUACAAAGACGUGCCAUGGGUACCAGUGAACUUUAUAAUACUUCAAACCUUGUUGUCCAGACCCAGAAUAUGUCACUGAGCCAAGACAACCUACAGGGUGGCUGGGGCACCAGUAACAAUAUGGGGGGCAUGAGUGCUUCAAUGGGAGGUAACAACUUUGGCUCUAUGGGUCCCCUUGGCCCUGUAGACCCAUUGAAUCGGUGCGAAGGUUCCAGGAGAGCAUCAGACCCAGUGCGACCACUGGAUCGAGGAAUGGGUAUGGGUGAGGAUGGAGGGAGGAGACUACACAGACACCACAGCUACAACUCAUUUAACCCUCGUACACCGCUACCGCCCAUCACCCCACGCCACCCAAACCAUGGCCUCCAGCUCGACCAGGUGGCUGAAGAUGAACCCAUUGAAAACAAGCUAGUGUUGCCAGAUGACAUGGUGAACUACCUCAACCUGAAGGGCAAUGGUGACAAAUUGAAGUCUGAUUCCAAAGAGAACCAUCGACAAGGAGGUACUCCGAAUCCUCUGCCCAGCCAACAAAUGCCAUCCCCUGCCUAUAGUGGGCAGCCCAUUCCGAGUCCAGCCUAUUCCAAUCAGCCAAUGAUCAGCCCAGCAUACUCCAAUCAGCCAAUGCAGUCUCCAGCCAGUAAUUAUCAAUAUGCGCAGGCAUCUCCAGGAUACUCUAUUCCUUCUCCUGCUCAUCCCCACGGGUACAACAAUGGUCCCAUGCAAUCGCCUGCACCACAACAGUUCAGUGCAGCAAUGACUCCUAAUCCAACAGGUCCUGCACAGACAUUUAAUCAGAUACCCCAGACAUACCAACAGCAGCAGUCAAUGCCCCAGAACUAUCCCAUGCAGCAACAUCAACAAGGACAUCAAUAUCCACAACAACAGUACCAACAAGGGCAGCAGAUGAUGGGGCAACAUAUGUAUGGCACUAUGAUGCAGCAGCAAGGCAGAUAUGGAAGCAUGGGCAAUCAACAAGGAGGUGCAGCCUAUGGUAUGGGUCAGGGGAGUUAUGGUCCUGUCCAUGCGUGUGGUCAUUUGGCUCCACCAAAUCUUCCUACACCAGCUUAUCAAGCCCCAUGUGCAGGCUGCCAAAGUAGAGGUGGCAGUGCCAUGGCUGGAGACAUGGGUGCCUACCAGGGUCAACAAGGUGCAAUGUCAAACUGGCAAGGUUCACAGAUGAACAUGAACCAGUACCAAGGCCAGCAGCCAUAUGGGCCUCAACAACAUCAACAGCAAAUAAAUAUGAUGGCUACUCAGGGACCUAUGGGCUACAUGGGAAUGGGCACUCAAUACCAGAACUCUAUGAUGCCCACUGGAGGUAUGAUGCCAAUUUCAUACCCAGGAUCAAUGGGUGGUGAUGUCCAGUGUAGAGAUGUUAGCCAAAGCUCUCAAACUAAAGCUGGCAAGUCUAAAACAGCAGCCAAGAACAGUAGUGGAGCUACACCUGCUCCUGCCUGUGGUACUUCUAAUGGUAUUGCAAGUGCAGUAGUAGCUAACAGCAUCCAGCAAACCCCAGCUGCAGCAAUUAGUGAUGCAGCUGCACCUGUACCUAGUACUCCCAUAGACUCCAAACCCUCAGAUAGUAAAGUAGUGGAUCCCAAGUGUGUAGACACAAAGACUAAUAGCAAAAAUUUCAUGAAACCUGAUACAUAUCAACGGACAUUGGAGUAUGUGCAACAGUGUCAGAGCUGGAGUUCAACCGUUGUUAAAGAGGAGGUCAGCAGCACUACUGACCAGAAACCCAAACUUAAUCCCAAUGGCACAGUUGCAGGCUACACAGAACCCGGUUCACAAAGCACUGUCCUUCCACAGCCUGCUCCGCAGCCUGCAAUGCAAGGAACCUCAAGAUUUGCUACACCUCUUCCCGUUGCACUAGCGGAGACAUCUAACAUGGUGAUUAAUGACAUGACUUCCUCCCUCACAUCACUGCAGGAAGAAAACAAGUACCUUCAGAUGAUUCAAUGACAACUCCAUUAGAAACUAUUAUAUUACAGCAACUCGGCUGGUAUAGCUACCUAGGUGCAGGUAGCCUGUCCUAACUCCAGGUAAUAUCGAUGGCUUAUCUAAGUGACAUUGGCAAUGUACCAGAUGACAUUAAAUUAUUCUAUCAGUUGUCACUUGCCGGCUAUCAUACCAUAUUAUUAAAGCCUGCUCCAUACCAGAUAAUAAUAGUCUACUCCUAUAGCAGGCAAACCUUGCUAUAUCAGCUCUCUGUAAAGCAUCAUAAGAAAACAAUAUGGGUCCUCUCUUACAAAGAGAUGCUUAGUCAUUAUCUGGAAGGGGUAGGCUACCUGCACCACAUAACUGGAGUGGGAAACAUCUCACCUCAAUGUUCCAUACCUCCACCAGCACCUCAGAUCUCCGGUCAUAUCAUGCUAGUAUGAUUUAUCUAGUAUGGUUAUUGACCAUGAUGUUUUGUUGAUACUGAUGACUGUGAUGAAUUAGAAUGUAAAUAUUGACCUUUCACGUUAAUAUAUUUGUACAGUGUCAUGAACUAUGGUUCCGGAAACUGUCAACUCCCAGUGGUUCACUCACCCCCUCCUCCUCUUCCCCCACAGAACUAAUUUCUCACAGCUAAAGGAAAGCAAUACUUGAAGUGUGUCUAGCAGCCUGUUGCAGGUCAAGUGGUACUCUUUACAUGUGAAUGGUGAGCCUGAAAGUGCUACACUAGUCACUAUAUAGUAGAGACUAACUGUAAGAUGCUCGCGAUCAUAGUUACUCAAAGUACAGUCUAUGACUGACAUUGUAUUGUGCAAAGAAAAAGAAACUAACAAGAUAUUAGUGGUCUCAAAGCUGAAUUACCUUUGAUGGCAAAAGUUACAUUCUCUGUGAUCAAAAAGACAGUGAACAUUGUGAUUAAUGUAACGAUAUUAGUGAGAAAGGAAAGACUUGUGUUUACAGAGUAUGACAAAUGUCUUUAAAGACAAGCCAAUGUUGUGAUCCCUCAUACCUCAAUAUGUCUGUCUGCCUCAAAGGGACAAUUAAUGGUCGUCACGUUUCAAAAACAAGACCUCAAUCCAGUCUCCUAAGGCAGCAUAUAGUGCCAAGUGCCAUUAGCGAGCCAAUCGUGCCAACACCAGUGAAACCCGUCCUGUAAGGUGCCAUAGCUUGGGUCAUAAUUCAGGGGCUGUUGUGUAACCAACGUGUAAAAUAAUGUGUAUAGUGUCUAUUAUUUAAGAUUUGUAAUGAUAACCGUGGUGUCUUCAUCAUGUCUUUCCAAUUUCAAUGACUGUACUUACAAUACUUUUUUACAUAAUACAUAACUUCUUUAAAAUAAAGACGUUUUUAAA